CAUUACAUACUCCACCUCAGGUGACAGAUGCGCGGGUUACCAGGUGUGAGAAGGUCGUCGACUACAAUGUUGCGGCCGCAGGAGGAUUCUGUUCGCUCUGUCGACAGCAGCAACAUGGAGUUGAGUGACUCAGUGGUGUAGGUCGACACUCAGCUGGAAACACUGCGGGACAGUUGGUGCCAUGAUGUGGAGAGAUCUUCGAUUGGCAGUGCUUGUGCUGCUGUGUGCAGCUGUAAAGUCCAACAGUGAGUUAAAAGGCUCGUCUCCACCAGGGAAACCAGUCCUGCUCAGCUGCAGGUCCCCUGAGAAGGAGACGUUUACGUGCUGGUGGCAGCCAGGCUCUGACGGAGGGCUGCCCACCACCUACAAACUCUAUUAUGAGAGAGAAAGAUUGGAGGGAGUGCACGAGUGUCCGGACUAUCGGUCAGCAGGUAGCAACUCCUGUUUCUUCAACAAGAGCCACACCUCCAUCUGGGUUGACUACUACCUGACCGUGGUGGCCUCCAAUGCCCUCGGGAAUGCCACCUCAGACGUCUUUAAAAUGGAUGUGAUGCAAAUCAUGAAGCCCAAUGUUCCUGAAAAUGUAACGCUGCUGGUGGUGGAGACGGAGGACAGCCCAUAUCUCAAUAUCAGAUGGGAACAUCCACGUAACACAGACACCGAGUCCGGCUGGGUCACCAUUAAAUAUGAACUAAGAGUCAAACAAGAAAACAAUAACAAGUGGAAGGCGUACAUGUCAGGUACACAAACCCAUUUCAGCCUGUACAGCAUCACUCCUGGAGUGGUGUACACAGUGCAGGUGCGCUGUAGACUGGACCACGGCUCCUGGAGUGACUGGACCAACAGUACCCACGCCAAGGUCCCAAACCAUGUUCAGAAUGAGAUAUCAUUUUGGAUCUUGGUCGCCACCCUGUCUGCAAUUCCAUUUAUGGCAGCAAUGUGCAUCUUGGUUGUAAAGAGGGAAAAUGUGAAGCAGUGUGUUCUGCCUCCUGUUCCUGGUCCAAAGAUCAGAGGAGUUGAUUUCCAUCUUCUCAUGAGUGGACAAUAUGAAGACACCACCAAUACCCUGAUCAUCAACCAGAACUUUCCUCUCAUGGUGGGCUGGAAGAACCAGAUGGAGGAGUACCUCAUAGUGACCGAGAAUGGCAUCGGGCCUCCGUUGGAUGCCUCGAAUUGUCAAAAAAGGAAAAAGAGCUUGAUUAUUCCUGCUGGCUUCUGCUCAGAUUGGGAAAUUGAAUGCAAGUCAACCCACAUUCAGAAUGACUGUGCAGGGGGAACAAAGAAUGAAACAGGUAACUUUCCCAAGAACAAUAAGUCUCUCUCAGGGGAGAGUUUAUCUAACGCGGAGCCAUCCAAACUGCAGAAACAGCAGAGUUUGGGUCAAAACUUAAUGAACACAGAAGCGACAGAACCCAGUCCACUGAACCAGGAAAACGACGUCAAACUCUUCACAAACAGCGACUACGUGGAUAUUCGGAAACAUGUGGAGAAGACGCAGGAGGUGAAUGUGAAACAGGUGGACUACAGCAGAGUGGAGGAGGUGAAUGGUGACAAUGUGCUCAUCCUCAACAACAAAAAUCUCCCCUUUAACAGCUACAUGGAUUUUCAGAGGCAAGAGGAGAAACUAUCAGAGGAUUACAGCAGGGUGAAAGAGGUGGACAGUAACAAUGUGGUGGUCCUGCAGAGGCAAGACGUGUCAGCUGACACUAAAACUCCUCAUGCGACUGGAGCCCACAAAAUGGGGGUGUGCACAGAACUCAUCAACAGCGGAUAUGUAGAUACCAUCCCUGCAUCACCUUUAAUGUAAUGUUUUAACAUGCAAUGUCCAUAUACAAAUGGUAGUUGUCCCUUCUGAUUUACUGUUCAGAGUUCAGAGAAAAAGGCUGAUGGUAUUGUGUAGUUUUGUCAAUAUAAUCUGAGGAGUUUUCCAUGACAUUUGGCACAGACAUUCAUGGUCUCCAGAAGAUGAACUUCCUAUAGUGUCAUGACGUUGCUGCUUUUGUUUCAGAAUGAAAUUUCUUGACACUUUGGAAUUUAUUGAUACAUAUAUUCAAGGUCCCCAGAGAAUAAACCUAAAAUCUUUGGUGAUCCUGACUAUCUAGCCCCAUAAUCAUCCCAAAGUUUUAAUAUAUCACCUGACUUACUGUAUGUAACAGUAGUUGUAGUUGUAAUUAUUACAUGAUAGGUAUAAGGAUAUAAGUUUUAUGGCUCAGUCUAAGGUAACUUUAUAGAAAUCUGAAAAGAAAAAUACUCAGCCACUCCUUCUUAGAUGCUUGCCACUACUGGGACACCUGGUGUAUUGUACAGUGUAUUGAUGCAUUGAAGCACAGGUCAUGACUAGUCUCCAAGCUAUACUACCUUGUGGUGGGAGUUACCAGUUGCCCUUUAAAGAAAAUCCUGCACUGUAUUUCACCAGUCUGGCUGAAGUUUUUUCUCCAGGUGGUGUGAAGUAAAACCAUAUGAUAACAUGAUUACUCUCAGACAGGACUAUUUUUACUCCUCCUGAAACUGUCGAUUACUUACUCUGAACUUGAGUACAUCAUUUCUUAAUUCCAAUCCGAUAUAUUUUGGAGGAAAAUACUUUUUUACAACUGUACUUUUUCAGUUGUUGAGGAAAUACUCAUAUUUAACUUUGGUAACAUAUUGAUACCACAGUGUAAAAAUACAUGUAUGCAUAAACGUCCUAUUCAUCAUAAUUAUUUAUGUAUUAAAUGAUAAGUUCACCCAAAAAUGAAAAAUCCAGUCUUUAUUUCCUUGCCAGAAAGAAAUUCUGAAAUUCUUGCUGCUGAAGGACAAAAGAUUGAAGAGUAAACACACAUUAAUUUUU